GAUCCACUAUAAAUAUAAAUUGAGGCGUUGGAGGGGGGAGGCUACAUAAGUCAGAAAAAGUUUGUAACAAAUACCAGGAAUUGGAGGUCCACAUUGUCUAUGUAGGAAGAAAACAAAGAAGCAAAGAAGAAGAUUGAACAGACACACAACCUAAAGAUGGGAGACCCAGUCCAGUUAAAAGAUGAGGGAAACAAACACUUUCAGGCAGGAGACAUUGACAAGGCGAUUGAGUGCUACACUAACGCCAUCAAAGUGUGCAAAGACAAGAAGGUGCUGGCUGUCAUUCACAGGAACAGAUCUGCAUGCUACCUAAAAAAGGAAAACUAUACCAAUGCAGCAUCUGAUGCUUCUAAAGCAAUUGAUGUUGAUGCAUCAGACAUAAAAGCCUUAUACCGGCGCUGCCAAGCCUUGGAGAAACUUGGGAAAUUGGACAUGGCUUUCAAGGACGUGCAACGAUGUGCGACGCUGGAACCCAAGAACAAGACUUUCCUGGAGACUCUCCGCAGGCUGGGAGCAGAGAUCCAGGCCAAGCUCAAAACAACAUUCUCCACAGAUUCAAGGGUACAGAACAUGUUUGAGAUUCUCCUCGAUGAAGAAAUGGAAAAGGACAAGAGGGAAAAAGCUGCCAACAACUUGAUUGUUUUGUCCAGAGAAGACGCUGGAGCCGAGAGAAUCUUCCAGAAUAACGGAGUACCUCUGCUACUCAACAUGAUAGAGACAGGCAAACCAGAGAUGAUCUUGGCUGCUAUUCGUACUUUGUCAGGAAUGUGCACAGGACACAAAGCUCGUGCCAUGGCCAUUGUUAACAUGGUGGGUGUUGAUAAGAUGUGCAGCAUCAUGGCUAUUGACAACGAAGAGAUUGCACUGGCAACCUGCAACCUCUUCCAGUGCAUCAAUGACUCCCUCACUGGUGGGGAUACAAGGGAAUAUGGGAAAGAAGCAUCCUUGGUUUUAGAUGCAUCUAAAGACCUGAAAACUAUUCUUCUCUCGCUGCUGGAGAUGGUUUCUAGCAGCAAGGUUUCUGGCCACGGCAGAGACCAGGCACUGAACCUCUUGAACAAGAAUGUACCUCGAAAGGACAAGAAAGAGAAAAAUAACUCUAGGACCCUCUUUACAAUUGACCAUGGUCUGAAGAAGAUCCUUAAAGUUUGUGGUCAAGUUCCUGAACUUCCAGACCAGUUGCCUUUGACAGAGAACACACAGCUGAUUGCCAGUGUGCUCCUCAACAAGCUUUAUGACGACCUCACAUGUGACCCAGAGAGAAACAACUUCAGGGACAUUUGUGAUGAAUAUAUCAAAUCCAAAAUUGACCCCAACAACAUGGACAAAACCAUUCAUGCCAUCAACACGAUCUCAGGGCUGCUGCAGGGUCCUUUUGAUGUUGGUAAUGCCCUAGUUGGACGUCAAGGCAUCAUGGAGAUGAUGGUGGCCCUGUGUGGUUCCGAACGUGAGGUGGACCAGAUGGUUGCUGUGGAAGCCCUGAUUCAUGCAUCCUCAAAGAUGAGCCGCGCCAGCUUCAUUAUUACUAAUGGAGUGUCCCUGCUAAAAGACAUCUACAAGAAGACCAAGAAUGAGAAGAUUAAAAUACGUUCGCUGGUGGGUCUCUGUAAACUGGGUUCAGCUGGAGGUGAUGAUUACAGUUUGAGGCAGUUUGCUGAAGGCUCGACAGAGAAGCUGGCCAAGCAGUGCAGAAAAUGGCUCUGUAAUCCCCAGAUUGACACCAAAACAAGAAAGUGGGCCAUUGAGGGUCUUGCUUAUCUGACAAAUGAUGCUGACGUCAAAGAUGACUUUGUGGAGGAUGAGCUUGCUAUGAAAGCCAUGUUUGAACUGGCUAAGUCUAAGGACAAGACAAUCUUAUAUGCAGUUGCUUGUAUCCUGAUUAACUGCACCAACUGCUAUGAUAAAAAGGAAAUUAUCCCUGAGCUGGUUCAACUAGCCAAGUUCUCAAAACAACAUGUGCCUGAGCAACACCCCAAGGACAAAAAAGACUUUAUAGAGAAGAGAGUGAAAAGGCUGCUGAAGGGUGGAGUCACGUCAGCUCUAGCUGUCAUGGUCAAAGCAGACAGCUCCAUCUUGACAGACCAGACCAAGGAGAUGCUGGCAAGAGUUUUUCUGGCAUUGUCAGAGGAUCCCAAAGAUCGUGGUACUAUUGUUGCCCAAGGAGGGGGAAAGGCUUUGAUACCACUCGCUCUGGAAGGGACUGAUGUAGGAAAGGUGAAAGCCAGCCAUGCCCUUGCCAAGAUAGCAGCUAUUUCCAAUCCAGAAAUUGCCUUUCCUGGUGAACGGGUGUACGAGGUUGUGCGACCACUAGUUAACCUCCUUCACACAGACAGAGAAGGAAUGCAGAACUUUGAAGCUCUGAGAGGCCUCACCAACUUGGCUGGUUACAGUGAAAAACUAAGAGUCAAGAUUGUGAAAGAGAAGGCUUUGCCAGAGAUUGAAAACUACAUGUUUGAAGAGCACGACCAGAUUAGACAGGCUGCAACAGAAUGCAUGUGCAACCUUGUGACCUGCAAAGAGGUCCAAGAUCGAUACCUGGAGGAUGGCAAUGAUAAGCUGAAGCUGCUGGUGCUGCUAUGUGGUGAAGAUGAUGAAAGUCUUCAAAUAGCUGCAGCUGGAGCUCUGGCUAUGAUCACCGCCUCUCAGAAGAAGCUGUGCACAAAACUGACCCGGGUGACAACCCAGUGGCUGGAGAUCCUGCAGAGGUUAUGCCUCCAUGUCAACCCGAGGAUCCAGCACCGCGGUCUUGUGAUUGUCUACAACAUGCUCAACUCAGAUGACAGUGAGCUGGCCAAGAAGCUGAUUGAGAGUGAGAUGCUGGAAAUCCUCACAGUGAUUGGCAAGGCGGAGGACAAUCCCAAGAGGCAGGAUCCCAUUGAUACAGCACGCACAUGUCUGGUCAAAGCUAUGGAUCUUGGCCUGAUCAAACCCUUUUCCAGCCCAUCUUAAAAGACUGUCAACAAGCCGAACAACAACAAUGGACUACCUUCCUUUAUUUUCUCUGUUAAAUAGAGACUUUCCCUCUAAAUUUCUUUUUCCAUAUCAGAGAUAUUCAAGAAUUCAACAAACUGGCUCCAGAUCAUGAAAUAUAAUCCCUCGCAAUAUAGAUCAGUGUUUUGUUUUUUUUGUUGUUGUUUUUUUAAAUAUAGUUGUUGUUUUGGGCAAUAUAGUAAGUAUAUAUGGUGGAUUUCCUGCCGUGAGACAUUUCUUCUCAGAUGGAAUUGAGGACAUGUAUUAUUUCUCUUUGUACUGAGGUCACUGAUCCAAAUAUACCCUUGAAAUACCACUUUACAUUUCAGUAUCUACCUGUCCAUCCAUCUGUCCGCUCAUCUAUCUAUCUAUCUAUCUAUCUAUCUAUCUAUCUAUCUAUCUAUCUAUCUAUCUAUCUAUCUAUCUAUCUAUCUAUCUAUCUAUCAUCUAUCUAUCUAUCUAUCUAUCUAUCUAUCUAUCUAUCUAUCUAUCAAAGAUGACACACAACUGAAAACCCCUCUCCGUCUGUCUACUCCAUCUUGUGAUAAUAUGAAAUAAAACUGCCCAGCUUGCGAUAUUUAAAAAGAAAGUAAUGUGAUUCAGCAAUUCGGUGACUAAACAAUUGGUCAUUACAACAUUUCCACUGAGUAACUGUGACUAAAUGAAGAUGCCUAAGACAGCAAUAUCUUAAACCAUUGACCUACUCCAAUCCUAAUCAUAACCUCUUGUCAGAGCCUUGUCUAGCUCACUAGAUGUAGAUUGCAGUAUAAGCUGCCACUAAUCAUGCAUGUCAUGUGGCUUUCUAUUCUGCUUCUGCUAUGUCUGUUUUAGCAGAAUCUCCUUCACUACAGGAAACAACAAUUGCAACCUCUACGAUAGCAAUCUACCAUACUUGAGACUUCAAAACUGUAGUGCACAAACCACUGCCAUGACCAUCUUUUAUCUCCGGUCAGUGAUUGAUACUGAAGACAACUCUUACUGAAAAGAAACAGUCACAUUGUCAGAAUAUAAAUCUGAAUAUUGUGAUUGUAAAACUUAAGUUAUAUAACUUAAAUAAAAGGGGAUGGCAAAUUAAUGGUCACACAAUGAGCAAAGAUAUAAGUUUUUUAAACUGGAAGCUGUAAUAAUUUAAUGAAAAAACACAUUUUCUAGUGCAGUUUUUUCAUGCAGUAGCCUAUGACUGCAUAUCUUAGAAGUGUUUCUAUGUUGGAGUGUUCUGGUUUUUUUUGUUUGUUUGUUUGUUUUUAGCUCUGGUUUGGUUUAAUGCCAUAUUGUCUAACAAGAGCUGACUGUUGAGGCUCCAGAAUGAUUUGGAACAUGAGUCAUAAAUACUGUUUGAUACAACAUGAGGGACAGUAACGGCAGCCAUCCAAAUGGAGAUCAUAAGGAACUGAAAAUAUCUGCUGACGUUUAGAGCAAAUGUGAAAGAGCAGAGUUUUUUCUCAAAUAUAUAUUUUCUCUCUCUUAUGUACUUAACUGAAUUACUAUUUCAUAUAAAUAAAAUUUCUUUGUCAUCAAAUAUA